AUGGCUCGACGAUCUAGUAAGUAAAAGUACAGUUAGGUAGUUGCAGAAUGUAACUUAUGCCAGAUUUUCGCAUAAUUUACUACCUUUACAUUACAAUGUUAGACUUUAUCUUAAAGACUUUAACCUUACCCAUUGAGAACUAAAAAUAAACAAAAGGUAACUUCAGAUUGCUCGAGAUGUUUUGGUUUCUGUCAAAAGAACCUCCUCCUGACAUUGACCAUAAACUCAGUCAUUAUUGGCCUGGCUUUAGGCUUCGUACUGAGAGGAAUGAGCUUGUCGGCCGAGACUAUUCAAAUAAUCAAUUUCCCGGGUGAAAUCUUCUUACAGGUCCUCAAACUCAUGAUAUUGCCAUUGAUAUUCUCGUCUUUGAUCUCUGCCUUGGCCCAACUCGACGCCCGAUCUGCUGGCCAAAUGGGAAUGAUUACUGUAGGCUACUACUUGCUUACAGUAAUCCUUUCAACCAUAGUAAGUUGAGUUAUCUUAAUGAUAAGCAUGAUCAGACUGGAAUUAUUUUAGUACUGACGAUCCACCCAGGACAUCCUGAGAUCAACGCUAGUAACAAAGCGGUAGAUGCGAGCGAACAUCACGCUGUGUCUCCUCUAGAUACCUUUCUGGAUGUGGUGCGGAACAUGUUCCCAGAAAAUGUGAUUCAAGCCACCUUCCAAAGAGUUCAGACAAGUUAUUACGAACACAAACCCAAGUCAUUGAGGGCUAACAUGACUAGUGCUAUCAUCAAGAAGAAGAUCGAAUAUGCUGAAGGCAUGAACAUUCUAGGUAAGACCAUUAAAUUAUAAACAUAAGGUUAGACUACAACAUUAUACAUAACAACACUAUGAAAAGCAAAGCAAAGUUAUCAACCUUAGUUCAACAUUAUAAAACCCCCUUUAGGUAUCAUAAUGUUCUGUUCCGGCUUCGGCAUCAUAAUUUCUCAAUUCGGACAAAAAGCCAGAAUCAUAAUAGACUUCUUCAUCAUCCUGGAAGCUGUCAUCAUGAAACUAGUAGAUGUAUUCAUGUGGCUGGCUCCAUUAGGUAUCGUUUGCUUAAUCGCCGGCAAUAUUCUGGAACUUGACGAUCUGUCAGAUACUGCUCAAUUGUUGCUCAUGUACGUUAUUACGGUGAUCGGAGGCCUCACCAUACAUACCAUACUCACUAUGCCGUUACUGUACUUCAUACUGACAAGGAAGAAUCCCCUUACAAUUUGCAAUGGUAUGAUACAGGCCUUGGUUACAGCUUUUGGAACAGCAUCAGGGUUGGUUAAUAAGUUAUUGUUACAAUGUUACUUUUUACACCGUAGAUAUAGUUUUAACUUUCCAAUAAAAUAUUCUCGCGAUAAACAGCUUAAAAUACUUAAAUUACAGAGGAGCAGCACUGCCAGUUUCCAUGCAAUGUAUGGAAGACAACCUCAAGAUAGACCGUCGUAUUUCUCGAUUCGUAUUACCUUUAGGAUCUACUAUUAACAUGGUAUGUUAAGCAAGCUAUAUAUAAAGGUAUUUCAAGGAUGGCAACGCAUUAUACGAAGCUGUGGCAGUAAUAUUCAUCGCUCAACUGAAUGGUGUAGAACUGUCAUUAGCCGAAGUCAUUACUGUCAGGUAAAACCCCUUUUAGGAAUACAACAUUUAAAACACAAUUUCAGCCUGAUCUCAACCAUAGCUUCUCUCGGUUUGAAUUCAGUACCAGCUGGACUAGUUAGUAUCUUAAUCAUCUUGAAAACAGUCGACUUACCUACAAAAGAUGUCUCCUUGCUCAUCACAGUCGACUGGUUAAUGUAAGAAAGCUUGUGGCUGUACUAUAAUCAUCAUUUAGUGACAGAAUUAGGACAUUAAUCAACGUUCUUGGAGACGCGUUCACAGCUGGAAUAGUAUCACAUUACCUACAAAAAGAGCUAGACAAAGCAGAUGAACUCAACGAAUUCCAUCAACAACUAACACAAGAAGCCCGUAAGGCCACACUAAAUCAUGAAAUCUUAACAGUCAAAGAUAGCACAUAAUACAUAAAAUCAGCAUAUUGUUUUAGUUCUCUUAAAAUCAGCAGCAAACAGUCGUCGAGGAUCCCUCAGAUUCAACGACAGUCCGUUUCUGUCCAACAAAAACAGUCGCAGACCAUCAAUCGACGUUAUGAACUGGAAGGAACAGGCUAUUCUAAACAAGUUGACGUCCCAAAUCGCACUACCUCAGGUUAAACAUGUGUAA